CGCCUGCCCCUGGCCAAUCCUGGUCGCUCCUGGGCCAAGGUGGUGGGAUGGCGGUGAGUAGCCUGCCUGUCGUGCGAUGCUGGGGUUGCUCUUAGCGCGUCAGGCCGGGAUUGACGAUCCAGUGCGGCUGCGCCGGACCACAUCCACCUGGAGGGUUCUAAGUUUGGAAUUAAAUAAAGAUAGAGAUGUGGAAAGAAUACAUGGUACUGGUAUCAACACCCUUGAUAUUGAGCCUGUUGAGGGAAGAUAUAUGUUAUCUGGUGGAUCAGAUGGUGUCAUUGUACUUCAUGACCUUGAAAACUUCAGCGGAAAACCAACUUACACUUGUAAAGCACUUGGUUAUGUGGGAAGGAGCCAUCCUGACGUACAUAAAUUCAGUGUGGAGACAGUCCAGUGGUAUCCUCAUGACACUGGCAUGUUUACAUCCAGCUCAUUUGAUAAAACCUUGAAAAUAUGGGAUACAAAUGUUUUACAACCUGCAGAUGUAUUUCACUUUGAGGGAACAGUCUAUAGCCAUCACAUGUCUCCAGUUGCUACAAAUCAUUGUUUAAUAGCAGUUGGUACCAAAAGCCCCCAAGUACAGCUUUGUGACUUGAAGUCUGGAUCCUGUUCUCACACUCUGCAGGGUCACAGGCAAGAAGUACUGGCAGUAUCUUGGUCCACACGUCAUGAAUAUGUUUUGGCAACAGCAAGUGCUGACAGUAAAGUAAACUUAUGGGAUGUGAGGAAAGCAUCUGGAUGUCUGAGUACACUGGAUCAGCACAAUGGAGAGAAGUCCAAAGCAUCUUCUGAGGCAGCAAGCACUGCUCACAAUGGGAGAGUUAAUGGUUUAUGCUAUAUGAAUGAUGGACUUCAUCUGUUGACCAUUGGCACAGAUGAUCGGAUGCGACUCUGGAAUAGCUCCACUGGAGAAAACACAUUAGUGAAUUAUGGGAAAGUCUGUAAUGAAAGUAGAAAAGGACUCAAAUUCACAGUCUCUUGUGGCUGUAAUCAGGAGUUUGCCUUUGUACCGUACGGCAGUACCAUUGCUGUUUAUACAGUUUUCACAGGAGAACAAGUAGCUGUGCUUCGAGGACAUUAUAGUACUGUCAACUGCUGUGUAUUUCAACCUAAUUUUCAGGAACUCUAUAGUGGUAGCAAAGAUUGCAAUAUCCUUGCAUGGAUACCAGCUCUUCGAGAGCCAGUUAAUGAUUACGUUUCUGAAAAGGUUUUUAAGAUCAGUCUUCUAUGUAUGAAUCUCACACUUCCCUAGCCAGUGUGAAGAAUUCCUGGACAGAAACUGGCUUGAGGUACAGUACAAGGCAGAGUGGAUCACAUUUCAAGUUUGCACCCAUUGCAUCUUGCCCCAUUGCUGGAUACCACUGAGAAGAGUGACUUCCUCCUCUUUACUGUCCCUUCCCCUGGCUUCAUCAGUGGCUGUACUUAAUUACUAAGUAAAGUGUUGGUAUCUUCUAAAUGAAACAUUUUAAAGGACAGUGAAGGUAUGCUGUGUGUUAUUUUUCACUGGAAAGAGCCAAGUACUAAGCCAACGAUGUGAGUUGCAACUGUGCAUCUCUUGCUUGUGUCCUAAGGAAACAAUGGAUGUGGGAGUCAGUCUGAGCCAGCCCAGCUUGAAGAAAUCCAGAGAGCCUAAGACAAGCCUCCUUCAGCUUGAGUGAAAGUUUAGUUCUAUAGAGACACUAAGGGAAAAGUCUGGUGCAUAAAGUUGAAAAUUGUAGGCUCUUCAGUGCAUAUUGGCCUAGGAUCUGCCACAACGAAUGGUGUAUUCCAUAAAAACAGUGGGAAUGGAGGAUAAAGGGAUGACUGACUGGCCAGGAAUUCAGGCAGCUGUAUAACUACUCCCCACAUCUUCAUCCCUUCUAAUAUCUGUGUGCUGUGUAGUCAGCCUUACCCACCAGCCCACACAAUCUGCCAAGAUGACACCUAACCGAUGUCAUCCACCACGCUGGCAACCCUUAACCACGCCCAGUCCUGCCAAGUUGCAUGAAGCUCAAGAGACUCAAAAAAAAAAUAUUUGUGGCUGUUAAGGCAACUUUCUAUUUACAUAUGAAAUAAUUUUUUAAUUGCAUAGGCAUACAGCUUUGUUCUUAAUACUCAUUUUAUCACCGUUUCCUUUCAAAUUAAGGCAGAAAGGAACCAGGAUAUUUUUAGUUAUGAAUUUUAACUUUUUGCUAAGAAGGAGACUUUCACUCCCUGAGGUCUGUACACUUGGAAGACUACAAAUCCACCCUUUUCUUGCAGCUAUGGGACAGAGAUGCUUCUGCAAUCCUAAACAGGUUUUGUAGUAAAUUUCCUCAUGCCAAAUUGCAGAUUAACAUCAGCAGUUUAAAUCAGUCUAACCAGUUAUUUUUGCAGCCAUAUGUUUGUAAUCUAGAGUAACAUGUUUAAGCAAGAAUGGGGUAAUGUUUUCAGCAACAAAAAUAAUAUACCUUUGUUUAAUACAAAAUAGGUUAACAUGGGGGACAGAGAAAGGGGAUGUUACUAAAACAUUAUUUUGCUGCUCUCAGCAGCUGCAUUUGAAAGGCAGUGAGCUUUUUCCACUUCUAUUGACUACAAAGCAUUUAUUUAACAGGAUACUCGGUUUGUAUUAGUUACAGGUCUUACCCUCCAACAGAAUUAUUAAAACAUUCUAAGAAAACUUGGAAUCAUAUUUUUAAAGUUAGCUCAAAAAAACAUGUUCAUAAUAAAUUAAGAAAUGCAUUAUGCUCUUGCUGGAGAUCAUUGGCAAGAGAGAGCUUGCAUCUGGUAGCCAGCCAGUUCCAUUUGUAUUUAAAAUUUAAAGUUGAUUCUUAAUCCUCUCUGUUAGUAGUUUAGGAUGGCCUCUGAAGAAACUGUAGCUAUCAGUGCCUGCCUGCCACGUUGUACUUUCAUCCACGCAAAUACAUCUUGGUCUGUAUGCUGGAUCUUUAACCUGUGGGUGCCAUUUUAAGAAAGAGGGUUACUCUAGGGAACAGAAAGAGGAAAAUGAGAAUCCUUUCCUCUAACUUAGGGAACAUCCAUUCUGCAGGCAGCAGCACAAUACAGAGCUGUUAACUCUAGUUUAAACUGAGCAACCCCACAAGAGGCUAAUGUGCCUUGCUGGGAUGCUGCAUCAACUCACCUACAUGGAGUUUAACAUUUCCACAGCUAGACCAUGUUAUUACUGUGUUAAUACUCUUCUUCCUUAUUUUCUGUAGACACCUGUGUCAGUAGGGCUCAAUGAAUGCAGCAGUUUGGGGAGCCGUGUUUCCUAUGAUAAAAGAUAAAAUCAGUAGGUGUGUGGAAGCGUAUACAUAUGUAAAGUUCUCAUGUUUUGUGGCAGUCAGUAGGGAGUGUCUCACGUUGCUCAACAGUUAAUUACUGUUGCUGUUGCCUCCUACACUGUUCUGUAACACCUCAGGAAAUCGACUGAUUAAGAUUCUCAUGCUAGCAAACAUGAGAAAAAUGUUUUGGGACUUUAUAAAAUAGUAGAUUUGAAUGGA